GGAUAAGUUAUCAUUUACCUGAUCUGUCGUUUGUACUCCAAACUUUAGACUCGUUCACUGCUCGUGGAUAAUUCUAUUAUGACCGGAUAAUUGUUACGUUGCCAUGGAAACGCAGCUGUUCUGAGUGGCUUGCCUCCCGUCUCUCUCGUUCUCCAUGGCUACAUCACACGAUGACAUUAUAGGCUAGGUGCCGUGGUACCGGUGUGUUAUAGUCUAAUAGUGCAGGGGCAGUGUUUCUAGUGUGUUUGUCUCUUUUAGCAUAAGCCACGUAGAUAUUCAUUUUAUCAUUCACAUAGGAUUAUUAGCUUUAUAGAAUGGAGAAUACUGACCAGAAUGCGACGACUGCAAACGCAACGCAAGGAACUAGACGUCGGGAAAAUGGAACGCCAAGUUUAUUGCUGUGUUGCUGCGGACAACUGUCAAGUCGGCGCAUUCAGCGCCAGAAUCGUAAUAUAGAGUUAGAAAUUGAGGGCGAACCUCCAAAGAACAGGUUCAUGCGAAGAAAAUCAGUAUCUGCAGAACGAUACGAUCCAGAAGCUGAUGAAGAUGAUGGGGAGGCAACGGCGGUGUUUCCAAAAAGUGACGAACAAAGAAAAAGUUUGAAUGAAGCUGUAAAACACAUCCUCCUAUUUAAGAGUUUAGAACUGGAACAAAUGCAAACAGUUAUUGAUGCUAUGUUUGAAAAAAAGGUGGAGCCUGGUUUCCAUGUCAUAGAUCAGGGAGACGAUGGGGACAACUUCUACGUCAUUCUCAGCGGAACUUACGAUAUCUUUGUAGAAAUAGAGGGAAAACCAAAAUGUAUAGGAAAUUAUGACAAUCAGGGAAGCUUUGGAGAGCUAGCGCUGAUGUACAACAUGCCAAGAGCUGCCACUAUAGUUGCCACAUCCAAUGGCACAUUAUGGGCCAUGGACCGGUCGACCUUUAGAAAAAUAGUUCUGAAGAAUGCAUACAACAAGAGGAAGAUGUAUGAAACUCUCUUAGAAAACGUGCCCAUGCUCAGUACCAUCAAUCCAUAUGAGAGAAUGAAUGUUGCAGAUGCUUUACAUUCCAAAACAUUUGAAGAUGGCGAUGUCAUUAUCAAACAGGGAGACACGGCUGACUGUAUGUAUUUUGUUGAAGAUGGAGAAGUUAGAAUUACCAUGACAAAUGUUAAUGAUCCAGACACUGAAGUAGAGUUAACAAGAUGUACAAAAGGACAGUACUUUGGAGAAUUAGCCCUCGUCACACAUAAACCUCGGGCAGCAUCAGUCAUGGCUGUUGGAAAAACCAAACUUGCAGUGUUGGAUGUGGAUGCGUUUGAACGCCUUCUCGGUCCGUGCAUGGAAGUCAUGAAGAGAAAUAUAGACGAAUACGAAGAACAGCUCGUACGAAUGUUUGGAUCAAAAAGCAACAUAUCCGAUCUCCGAUAGUCGCAAUCAUCAUUAUUUUUCUAAGAUCAAAAUAAAACCAUGGAUCAUUUUGAUGUAAAGACACUUCCAACAAGUAAAAUUGGUCAACUUUGCAGUUUCAAGUGAUAAGAAUUGCCCAAUUAGUUAAUAGGUGAUUUGUUCAAAUUACUAGUGUGCUGAGUCAGCACAUUUCUCCCGCUGAUUGUGGGAAAUGUAAAUAAUAUUUCGUUGACGGUUUCUUGAGACGAAGACAAUUAAGCGCCACGGAAACAAGCGAUUUAAAUUGCAGUGCAUGCAACAAAACUUGCUUGUUUGCAGUGGUCAUCACAGUGCCUGCGACAAGAAUUGCUGAUCGCGGUGACCUGCAAUCAGUUCGAACCCAGUGAUUAUUGGUUUUAAUACCCACUAACGAGAGGCACAUAGCAGUGAUAAUAAUUGCAAGUAACGGUGAUUUAAAUUCCUUGUUUUCGGGGCACUUAAAUGAAUAAAGAUCAUUUUAGACUGUUAGACUGUUUGAAUGCUGCAGUGACAUUUUUCUCCUGAAAGGCAUUUUGUAAGUUCAACAAGAAAUCAUUCAGUUGUUCAGUGUGUGGGGGUUCUUUCUCGUAUCAAUUAUUCAAGACACAGUGUAAAGUCACGGACAGGUAUUUGUUGAUCAUUUUUUCAAGGCUUUCUCUCGAGGACCUCACAGUCUGGUACAAGUUGAUGUUCCCAGGUUAGUCCUAGUACAUUUAUUUCAUCGGUCAUGUUCAAGGUAUAGAAGUUGUUUUUACAACCAAGCUGAUGUGGAGAAGUGCAUCCUAACACCUUGUGUUUGUUGAGUAUCAACAUAUGAAUAUAAAUAUAUUUUGAUUCUUACCCUUGUGUUAAAUUUGAUCAAAAUGAUUUCUUCAUUAUUAUUCGAUACAGCUACGAGUUGUAGCAGCUGUAAAUAUGUGUCUCAUGAAAACCUGUAUUUUUCAUUGUGUGUACAACAAUUAUAUUUUAUCCACUAAACAUGAUAGAGUUAAUGAGAUCUGGUACAGAAGGGAAUAUGAUAGCAUCCAUUUUUAUACACAAUAGAAAGUGCAUACGAGCAACGUGUGAUAUUUAUCACAUGCAACAAAGAUUGCUUGUCUGUUGGGGGUCAUUGCAGUUGCCCGCGAUAAAGAUUGGUCAUCAGUGUGGGAUGCAAUAACCUCAAACCUAAUGCUGACUGAUUUGCCCACAGAGACUCGUAACUUAACGCAGCAGUAAGCUUUGUACAUCGCUGCGAUAAAAACACUUGUCUGCAAUGGGCCUAACAGGUCAAGAUCCUCUUACAUGUCUUAGCAAUGUCCUCGGCUUUCUCUUCACUUUUCCCAAGUUUUCUUUUAUCGCACGAGUAUUUGAAGAGUUUCAUCGCAAAACAAUAUAUUCAUUUUUGCCAUUUUGAGAAAAUUGGUUUCGAAGUUUGAAUCUAACUGAAAAUCCAUUGGAAACUUUUGGACGUUUUUGUCAUAGAAGUUCUACUGUUGUCCCGAAUUCUCUGAACUGUGUAGGACUGAUCAGAGAUCGUAUGGGCAUUGCCGUGGUCCAAUCAACUCUAAAAUGCUGGAUAUGGAGCAUGUCAUUUUUUGCGAUGAAACUAUUCAUUUAGUACCUCUAUCUACAAUAACCAAAAAUACUGAACAUUGCUAAAAACCGUCAAGCUUGGGGUGAAUCAAAUACUUCACAACAUAAUGUAGUUUCUGGAUUAAUAUACAUUUAUUUAAGUUUUGAAAAGUAAUUCUUGUGAUGAUUAUGUAAUUAUUUUAAUCGAUAUAUUAGUUAUUUAAGGAAAAUUAUUAGAGGUUGCUUCAUUCUGGCACGACUGGAUUUUAGGCUGUGCACACUGGUUGCCUGGCUAGAGUAUUCUCGAAUGUAACAAAGCAAUACACGCAAGUUAAAAGAUAGAAUAAAUUUCGGUGUUUUCUAACUUUGUGCAAAAAGACUGAAUAUAACCUUACUUUGUAGAGCAGAAUAGAAUUUAUGAAUCUGGAUUGAAGACUUUAUUGUGGCCGUAAUUUUUGUGCUGUUCUUGUUCAGUAUUCCCAAAAAACAAUGAAAAUGCACCACGGUCAGGAAAGUGUGCACACAGUUUGUGCUAAAUUUCUAUAAAAUUCAAGGUAGUUUCACCAAGAAUAUUUUUUUUAGCCUGGGAAGCAGGCCUGAGCAAAGGCCUGUCAUUUGUGUUGUAGUAUUGCCAAGGUCUUUGUUAUGUCUGAUUCUGUUGUUGCAUUUCGAUAGCAUUCCCAAACGGGUACAGAAAUCUAGUAAUUCAUUAUUUUGUUUUGUUUCAUUAGCAGUAACAUAUCAAAAGAAAAUGACUGACAAUAACCAUUGGAUAUUUACAUUGUAAUGAUAAUAUUAAUAACAAUAAUAAACACUAAUAAACACUAAUAUAGUGCCUUUUCAAGGCCGGAUCAAGGCAUUGCUCCACUGAAGAUGGUCCUGACUCAGCCAAGUCUUGAGCCGACCUCAUGAUAUGUCAUCACAGUAAAUGUUUGGAGAGAGUUCUCAUGCAGACACCAGUACAUUUUCACCAAAGGAAAUUAUUUUGUCAUUAGUUAAAAGUUUCUGCAAGACAUAAAGUAUACUGAUCAUUUCAACAUUUUCCUGAGAAACUAAGGGGUAUCUCAAUCCUGAUGGUGUCUGGUAUAGUGUGUGUAGAAUAUUGUUUGUAGUAGUAUAUCCCUAUGGACAGCAUACUGCAGUGGCGGAUCCCGGAUUCGAAGAGAGAGGGGGCACCUCGGUGCUACACACCACUGUAGAUCCAUCACUGUAGUUUACUGGGGUUGAAAUGAACUGCAGGUCUUCCCCUAACUUCCUCAAUAUGCUCUGUCUAGAUUAAUGGGAUGUAUCAAUUGAUAUAUCUUCACCUCAUUACCACCAAAAACGUAUUACUUUUGAAGUGAUACGUUAACCCUGAACUGUGAAUUGACUUGUAUGAUAAGUGCAGUGCAAUGACGAGAUGGUAGAAAAGUUCUCGUUACAUGUCUUGUGCUUUGAUUUCAGUCUGUUAAAGAGAUGGAGGCAUGGGCUGCAAACUGAACUGCUUAUAUCAAAGAAUGGAAUCUGUACUGUCAUCUAGAGGCAACCUGCUAAUCUCUCACCAGGGCCUACUUGUACGCUGAGAGGCCUCCUUUGAUAUUGUUCAUAACUGUAUUGGCAUUGUUGUCAUCCUCAAAGUCCAGUUUUUCCUUGUCUAGACCCUUCUACAGUUGUUGUUUUUGUAUCGAACUUGCCGACUGUUGUUUGCGUAACUCUCACCAGAGGCUGUAUUGUUCUGGUAAAUAGUGAUUGUACCAUUUUGAGCCAUGGCUUGCUAUCCUGAUAUUUCAUCUUGAGCCAUGGCUUACUCAGCUGUUGUUCGUGGUGAUGGUACCAUCUUGAGCCAUGGCUUACUCAGCUGUUGUUUAUGGUGAUGGUACCAUCUUGAGCCAUGGCUUGCUAUCCUGAUAUUUCAUCUUGAGCCAUGGCUUACUCAGCUGUUGUUCAUGGUGAUGGUACUAUCUUAAGCCAUGGCUUGCUCAGCUGUUGUUUAUGGUGAUGGUACCAUCUUGAGCCAUGGCUUACUCAGCUGUUCAUGGUGAUGGUGCAAUCUUGAGCCAUGGCUUACUCGGCUGCAGUUCAUUGUGAUGGUACCAUCCUGAGCCAUGGCUUGGUGAGCUGUAAUGUUCAUAUCACAUAGAGAUUGCCUCAGAUGAUUACUAUAUGUUUAUUUCCUAUAUUUCCUGUAGUCAGUGUUCCCUGUACUCGACACAAUGUAAAAAAUAAUUGAUAAGGUUCUGUACACAUGUCCCCUUCCCUUUGAAGGUGACUCUGAAUAUUUUCCAGGUGAACCAUUUAACAGCAAAUUUGACAACUGGUAAAAAUUCAGUAUAGCACUUCUUGUUUAUUUGUCUACUGCUGGACAAGUUCAUGUUUAUGGUACAGUUUGUCUUCUAUAUCUGUAAGAAGUUUGUGAAUUACAGUUUGACCUGUUUCAUACAAACAGUCAUUGACCUCACCCUGUAGUACCAUUGACCUGAAAACAGACCCCAGCCAGCAAUAGAAUUUAAAAUAUCAUAUUUUGUGUACUUAAGCAUAUUGCUAUAUCCAUGUGCUCGCCAAAACUACAAAUUUGACUUCCAGAUUUUCUCUUUUUUUUCCAUGUUAGCUCUGAAAUAUGCCACUGGAGUGUCUUCAUACUACCAGAUAUCCAUUAUACUAAAAUUGUUGAAAUUGGUUAAAAUCAUCAUGAUAUCAACUGAAAAAAAAUCAGGUGAGCUUUGCUAACAUGAAAAUGCUGCACUGCUGGUUUGAUUAAGAGUAUUUCUAAAAGGUAUGAGGUAUUUCAUUUGGGCUUGGGUUAACUAAUUGACGUUGUUUACACCGGAAACUUGCAAGUAAUUUUGGUAUAUGUUACAAGGUGAAGUAUGAGUUUCUGGAGUACCAAAUACAUUGACAUCCUGUGUUGCAUACCCCGGAUAACAACUUAAAACACUCGUUUUUUAACUAUUUAUAUUUGUAUGAUAUACACUGUAAGAGAGCACUAUAUAAGUCCCAGGGACUUAAGACACCAGAAAACUUUAGUCAGGUUUUCUGUGGUCUUGUCCCAAUUCUAACUCAGGGCAUUUAAAAAGAGGUUUUGAAGUCGUUAUCCUGUUUAGAGAUGAUAUGCAUCUCAGUUUUUACAAAAAUUGACUCCACAUGAAAGCCUGCCGCACAAAAUCUGGUCUGGGCUUCAUCCAUAGUACACCUCGGUCAUCUGUUGAAGGUCAUCCAAUAACUUCUCAUAUACUGGUAGUGGUGGAUAUUUUCUUCCAAAAUGACCCGAACUGUCUUUGUAGUGGACUAUUUUAGUCUUGCAGUUUUUCUUCUCAUGAAAAUGGAGAUCUUGAAGGAAGAUUUUCUUGGCUGAAAUGAAAUAGAGUUUUCUUCUGAUGCGAUCAACACUGCAGGCAAUGUCCAGCGUAUGCUUCGUGAAAAAAUUAAGGAGUGGUUGUUUUCAGGUCAAAUCCUCUGUAGAUAUGUUUGUUUAUAAUUAGUUCUUACUAUGUACAUGAUGUAAUGAUGAGUUUCCUGUUAAACAUGUCAUUUGAAGAAAUAAAUUGGUGAAUAAUUAAU